CGGACGCUUCAGUAUCAGCAAACUUUGAUGUAUGGGCGGUACACACAGGAGCUGGGUGUGUAUGCCAAGGAGGAAGCGGCCCGCCUACGGGAUGGAGGAGUGCGGGACGGCGGUGGACUGCGGAGGAACACCAGCGUCCGCAGUCGCGCUGCAGACCUGCUGGAGUACGAGAAAGACCCCUGUGCAAAGUGCCAGUCGUGUGCAUCUCGCUGCCAAAAGUUCCUGAUUUCUCGUGUUGGAGAAGACUGGAUCUUCCUCAUUCUGCUGGGGCUGCUCAUGGCUCUGGUCAGCUGGGUCAUGGACUAUGCCAUCGCCUUCUGCCAAGAAGCACAGAAGUGGAUGUAUGGUGGACUGGACAGUAACAUGCUCCUACAGUACAUCGCUUGGGUCACCUACCCUGUAGUGCUCAUCACGUUCUCAGCGGGUUUCACACAGAUACUGUCUCCGCAGGCUGUGGGCUCCGGCAUCCCUGAGAUGAAGACGAUCUUGAGAGGGGUGGUCCUAAAGGAGUACCUGACGUUUAAGACGUUUGUGGCGAAGGUUAUUGGUCUAACCUGUGCUUUGGGUAGUGGGAUGCCUCUGGGAAAAGAGGGACCUUUUGUUCACGUUGCCAGCCUGUGUGCAGCUCUCCUCAGCAAAUUCAUGGCUGCUGUUUUUGGUGGGAUUUACAUGGAAGAGCCCUUUGAGGGAAGCAAGAAUGAGCUGAGGAACACAGAGAUGCUGUCGGCUGCCUGUGCAGUGGGUGUGGGCUGCUGCUUCGCUGCCCCUAUUGGAGGGGUGUUGUUCAGUAUCGAGGUCACAUCAACAUUUUUUGCUGUGAGAAACUACUGGAGGGGCUUCUUCGCUGCCACCUUCAGUGCCUUCAUAUUCAGAGUGUUGGCAGUGUGGAACCAGGAGGAAGAGACCAUCACCGCUUUGUUUAAGACCCGUUUCCGUCUUGACUUCCCGUUCGACCUUCAGGAACUACCAGCGUUCGCCAUCCUCGGCAUCGCCUGUGGGUUCGGUGGCGCUCUGUUUGUCUACCUGAACCGGCUGAUUGUCGAGUGCAUGAGGAAGCAAAAGACAAUUAACAAGUUCCUGCUGAGAAAGCGUCUGGUGUAUCCUGCUCUGGUCACGCUGCUGGUCUCCACACUGACGUUUCCUCCAGGCUUUGGACAGUUCAUGGCUGGACAGCUGACCCAGCACGAGUCUCUGGUCGCACUGUUUGACAACCGUACGUGGUGUCGUCAGGGUGUAGCCGAGGAGUUCGACUACAUCGGCCACCACCACGGCUGGAAACACCCUCAAGUCAACGUCUUCAUCACACUCAUCCUCUUUGUCAUCAUGAAGUUUUGGAUGUCUGCUGUGGCCACCACCAUGCCGGUUCCUUGCGGUGCCUUCAUGCCAGUUUUCCUCAUCGGUGCAGCCUUUGGCAGACUUGUUGGGGAGAUCAUGGCUGUUAUGUUUCCAGAUGGCAUUCAUGCAGAUGGCAGCGUGUAUCCCAUAGUACCUGGCGGUUACGCAGUAGUAGGAGCGGCAGCGCUGUCUGGAGCAGUCACCCACACCGUGUCCACAGCCGUCAUCGUGUUUGAGCUGACCGGUCAGAUCUCCCACAUCCUCCCUGUGAUGAUCGCCGUGAUCCUGGCCAACGCCGUGGCCCAGUCUCUACAACCGUCACUGUAUGACUCCAUCAUCCGCAUCAAGAAACUCCCUUAUCUGCCCGAGCUGGGGAUGGGACAUCACGAGAAGUAUAAUAUCCGUGUGGAGGACAUCAUGGUCAGAGAUGUGCGUUUCAUUACGCUCACCUCCUGCUAUCGGGACCUGCAGGAGAUGCUGCUGACUGGUCAGCUUAAAACACUGGCCCUGGUUGAAUCUAGGGAUUCCAUGAUCCUGCUCGGUUCCAUAGAGCGAUCCCAGCUCCAGUCUCUGCUCUCGCUUCAGCUGGGUCGUCAGCGGAGACUGGAGUACCUCCGUCAGCUGGCCCAGGAUAAUGGCACCCACGAUCACCUGCCCAGUCUGACCUCCGACAGCACCCCCAGCUCCCCCUGCGCCCACACCCACAUCAACGCUACCACCAACACCAACGCUCGCCAAGGGGUCCGCUUCUUGAUCUCCACAGAGGAGUCUUCGUCCUUCAGCCCAGUGGUGUCCAACGUUCAGCUUCCUCUGAAAUCUGCCUUGAAAACUGUGUCCGCCGUCAGUGACACAGAAACGCCAAAUAGCUCUCAGACGCUUUCCUGCACCGACCAAGACAAGGAUCUGCUGGAGGACCAUACUGAAGUGGAAGAUUGCAUGAGUCCAGCAGAGAUAGCAGAAUGGGAGGAGCAGCAGCUCGAUGAGGCAGUAGAUUUCAAGAACUGCAAGAUUGACCCUGCCCCCUUCCAGCUGGUGGAGCAAACAUCUCUGCAUAAGACUCACACCAUCUUCUCUCUGCUGGGUCUGGAUCACGCCUAUGUGACCAGUAUGGGCCGCCUGGUGGGGGUAGUUUCUCUCAAAGAGUUGCGUAAGGCCAUCGAGGGCUCAGUGACAGUGACCGGAGUGAAGGUGCGCCCCCCUCUGGCGAGUUUCCGUGACAGUGGGAACAGCACAAACGUAUCCGAGGUAACAGAACUCCACAAACUGUGCAUCCGCCACAGGGGACUCUCGUUGCCACGGGAACCCAAUCGUCCUCACACAGAGGACCAACCUGAUCUCCCGUACAAAGAGAUCCCCGUCGACUUCUCGGACCAAUCAAAUUUGCAGUUUGCCACCAGCCCUGUUGACAUCACAAAUGAGUCGUCGGAAUUGGUUCUCCAGGAAAGCCCCUCGUUCGGUGAGGACCAAUCAGAAUUCACUUUUGACUGCAGCCCCUCCCACACUGAGGAGUCAGAACUGGCCUGUGAUUAUGACCCCCCCAGCCAAACCCCUGAGCCAGACGAGAUGGAACAAGAACAGGGGUGUCUGAACAAGGACCAAUCAGAACCUGAGGGAGAGGGUACUAGCCCCGCCCACCCUGAAGAUCAGUCCGAAUGAUGAAAGGGGAUCCAUAUGUUGCCUCAUGAAUGUUGACGUUUCUUACGUUUGUCGAGGUCACUCUCACCUCCAAGUCCAGCCUAGAUACAGUGUUUAUAACAUUAUGGUGUGAGUGAGAGUGAGCGUGAGUAGAUGUGACAAGUAUCAUAUUUAAACUGUUCAAAUGUUGUUUAAUAAGGUGGGUGUUUUUCCUAUUUAUUAUUGUCAACAAAUCCAAAAUCUGAUGAUGUGUAAAGAUUUCUUCGAGGUUCAAACUAGUGGUUUGUACAGUUCAGAUUCAGACAAUUUAGUUCAUUUGGUGCUUAUCCAGUUCACACACAUACACAACUCCAAAAACUCACUGGCAAUGUUGUGACAUGUCCAAGGCCAUAGAUGAAUUUAUAUGGAUCAAUAUGAGGAACAACAAUCAGCAAUAAAAUAAAACAAAUUAGAUGGGUAUAAGUGAUCUAAAUUAGUAGUAUAAAUGAGAAAGAAGCCAAGUCUAAAAUAGAGAAUAAAGGGAACGCUACAGUCAUUCAAAACAACUACUGUUCAUAUAUACAUAAUUAUUACAUAGGUUUUGGGUCAGGGUUUGUCCUGCUUAGAGGUGGUUUAAAGUGGUAUCAUGAAAUCAGUGAAUGGAGUAUGAUUAAAGUGUUCUGUUUAGAAGGAAUAAGUGUUUCAGAAGAUAAAGGAACCAUCAGUAAAACUCUGUUGGAUUUCAUUAUUCCAGUACAUAAACUGAUUUGCUGUAAAUUACCAAUAGUUUGUCUAAAAUAGUACCACAAAAUGAAAA